GGCGAGGAGCGGACGCCGCUGGCCAGGAUGGUGCUGGAGAACGUGGCCCGCAUCGUGAAGGUGCAGCUCCCUGCGUAUCUUAAGCGGCUCCCAGUCCCUGAGAGCAUUACCGGGUUCGCCCGGCUCACAGUUUCAGAAUGGCUUCGGUUAUUGCCCUUCCUUGGUGUACUUGCACUACUUGGCUACCUUGCGGUUCGUCCAUUUCUCCCGAAGAAAAAGCAACAGAAGGAUAGCUUGAUUAAUCUUAAAAUACAAAAGGAAAAUCCCAAAGUAGUGAAUGAGAUAAACAUUGAAGAUCUGUGUCUUACUAAAGCAGCUUAUUGUAGAUGUUGGCGUUCUAAGACGUUUCCUGCCUGUGAUGGUUCACAUAAUAAACACAAUGAAUUGACAGGAGAUAAUGUGGAUCCACUAAUACUGAAGAAGAAGGAAGUAUAA